AUGUUAAAGAUAAUCCUGGCUCAUCAAUUCCAGGCUGUAGUUUUUGGAACAAUAGUCUUAAUGUUUCCACUGAUGAUUAUGAGCCAGGAGAGUACAUUUGAUGUGGAAGCAGGUAUCGUUGAAAGUCUGUCGAACGUUUCAUUAACAUUUAUUCCUACACAGCUUCAAUUAGAUUUUAAUACUGAUGGAUGCACAUUGGAUAGAGCAGGGAUUUAUAAAGGUGCACAUAAACCUCAUGAUGCUAAUAUCUUUUUCGAAAAAUUUGUUACUGACAUUAGAACAAUCCUAUCAAAUGGUGGCAUUAACUUUAAUGGUAAUAAAGUACCAAUACAAUUGAAAUCAUUCAUAGCAGAUGCACCAGCUCGAGCUUUUGUUCUUAAUCAUGUUGGCCAUAUAUCUUCGCAACCAUGUUCCAAAUGUAAAGUUUCAGGCACACAAUGUGAACGUCGUAAUGUCUUCCAUGGAAUCAACCAUUCUUUGAGAAAUGAUGACGAAUAUAUCAGAUGUGUAGACGAAGAUCAUCAUAAAGAAGGCACAAGCCCAUUAUCGUUGCUUCCAAUAGAAAUGGAACGACCAAAACGAAUAGUGGGUAAACCAUCACGCUACGAAACCACAUCGCCGGGCGAAGUCCUGAAACGCACAAAGAUAGGAACAGCAAAAAUACUUAAUACGAACAUUAACACGUUGACUGCCACGGAAUUUUUCACGAUUCCGGUCUAAAGAGCCAAUUUGAUUAAAUCAUGUUAUAUUAUUAAAAACUUUAAUAAUAGUACAUAGUAAUAAUCAAAAAGCUUAAAAAAUGUUUUUUUUUUUAAACAUUUUUUAUUCUCUUUCCUGAGGCCAUCUAUUUUUAUAUUUACACUGCUAUGCUACGAGUUUCCUCGUAGCUGUACAAAUAUGGCAAGUAAUGAAGAGACGAGAUAACUCGUAGUAGGCGUCCUGGGCAAGUAAACAACCUACGAGAUAUCUCGUAGUUGGCAGUCAACGUGUUAAUGACGACAUAGAUGAUAUUCGAAGGACUCUGGAAAGUAACGCACAAAGUAAUAAUAAUGAACAUUUUGACAAUUCUUUGACACACACAUACGUUGAACCACACACGCCCGUAAUACCGCACAUGUACACACAACCAAACACAAGUAAUAUAUUAUAUUUAAAACUAUCUCAAGUUCAUCUUCAGAUACUCAGUAGCCAAUGAAAUGACCCAUACAUUAUCUCAAGAUAAACUUAAGACGUUCUUAAAUAUAAGAUCCGACUAUGAAUACCGGCCUUAGUGUUAACUUUUGAUCACAAAUGCAAACAGUGAAUUUUAUGUAAUACUCAUUACCAUGUAAUAUUUAUUAUUUAUUAUAAUAUUACAGAUGAAUUACGAUAAAGAAUUUGUAAAUUUC